CUGAGGGGCCAGAUGAGAGGAGGUACUCUGUGACCAAGCCAUUUUCUGUGAGAAGAGGAGCUUAGCCCCCCAGAGCUGUGAGACGCCAGGCGGAGGAAGGCGAGGCGGCCCUCGACUCAGAGGCCCGCGGGUCUCCUGCUUCCCGGCGGCUUGGGGGCGGGGCCUCCAGCCAAGCCCCCUCUCCGCCUUCUGAUUGGUUCCUUCGAAACAGGCGGCGGCGAACCGCUGCGAAGCUCGAGGCAGAGGCGGCGGCUGCGGCGGCGGUUGGGUAGGGGCGUGCCGGCCAGGCACAGAUUGAGCGAAAUGUCGCCCCACAGGGAGCAGUGACCCUCCUGCGCCUGGGCGGCAGCAGUAUCAUUUCAGCAUAGAUGACCAUGCUGCCUGCAAUUCAAGUGUGGUUUGGAGAAGACCUGCCUCUAAGUCCACGGAGUCCUCUGACCCCCAGACAUGGGCCAGGUUUGGCUGACGUUUGUCAGUAUGAUGAGUGGAUAGCUGUGAGGCAUGAAGCUACCCUGUUGCCCAUGCAGGAAGAUCUGUCGAUCUGGCUCUCUGGUUUAUUAGGUAUUGAAGUUAAGGCAGAAAGGUUAUUGGAAGAACUUGAUAAUGGAGUACUGUUAUGCCAACUGAUUGAUGUUCUUCAAAACACGGUGAAAACAUGCAACUCUGAAGAACCAGUGAAUUUUCCAAUGAGAAAAGUGCCCUGUAAGAAAGAUGCUGCAUCAGGUUCGUUCUUUGCUAGAGACAAUACUGCGAACUUCCUUCACUGGUGCAGGCACAUCGGGGUUGAUGAGACUUACCUCUUUGAAUCUGAAGGUUUAGUUUUGCACAAAGAUCCGAGACAGGUGUAUCUUUGUCUUCUUGAAAUUGGUCGAAUUGUGUCAAGCUAUGGGGUUGAGCCACCAGUAUUAGUAAAAUUUGAGAAAGAAAUUGAGCUAGAAGAGACCUUACUUAAUACUUCUGGGGCUGAAGAUUCCAUCAGCAUUCCAAAAUCAUGCUGUCAGCAUGAAGAGCUGCACGAAGCUGUUAAACACAUUGCUGAAGACCCUCCUUGUAGUUGUUCUCAUCGAUUUUCUAUUGAGUACUUAUCUGAAGGACGGUAUCGACUAGGAGAUAAAAUACUUUUUAUAAGAAUGCUUCACGGAAAACAUGUCAUGGUCCGUGUCGGUGGAGGCUGGGAUACUCUUCAAGGAUUUUUGCUUAAAUAUGACCCCUGUCGAAUAUUACAGUUUGCUACACUAGAACAGAAAAUUCUAGCAUUUCAAAAAGGAGUUUCUAAUGAAAGUGUGCCUGAUUCGUCCGCCAGAGCACCUCAGCCUCCUGAAAUGAAUCCUUUGUCAGCAGUUAGCAUGUUUCAGAAACAAAAUUCAAAACCUGGCACGCCAGUUGGUAUUCCAAGGAGCAAAGAGAAGCAGGUACGUCUGCCAGGUGUGUCGCCACCAGCAUCUUCCCUGAAAGGAGGCAAUCUGGCCUGUGGGUCAGUCCGUUCUAAAUUUCCAAAUUCUCCAGCAGUGUCCUCUCAUCUCAAACUCAGAUCUUCAAAGGACGUAACAAAGAAACUGCAGCCUCCUUCAAACGAUGCAUCAUCUGCUUCUGCUUCUUUAAAUCCAGUAGGUAAAAGCACUUUUUCACCAGCUUUAUUAAGAACUGCACCUUGUGUAUCUGAGUCGCUGAGAAAAUGUAACUCAUCACCCAGUACUCCUAAGGCCAAGCUUAUUCCAGCCCAGAAGUCAAGAGAUGUGCCUGAAUCCACACUUUUGCCAAAUAAGUGUUCUGGAAAAAUUGAACCAAAGCAUUUGAAACACCACCAUGUGUCUUCCAGGGAUUAUGCAGUCUCUCACUCAGCUGCACGUUUAAAUUCAUCAUCAAAGUGUCCAAAGCCACCUAAGGCAAAUCUGCACGUAAGGCCUAACCCUUCUCCUUCUUUCCAGUCUCCUGCAAAAGUGACAACAUCCAGUUCCAAAACGAUAACCACGGGUCUGAGAACACAGUCUCAGCCACGUGUUGGAGCUCCGCAAGCGGGGGCAAUGCCAGCACAGAAACUUAAGUCAGCCUUGAAUUUAAACCAGCCACUUUCUGUAUCCUCAGUUGCUCCUGCAAAAGCUGCAGAGAAGUCGAAAGAUAAUAUGGUUUCAGUUGCCAAAAAGCAGCCUCAGAGUAAAAUCACAUCCCAGAAGACAGGACCCAGCUCCUCCAGGUCCCCGGGCCGUACCCCGCUGUCCAUUGUGAGUCUUCCCCAGUCUUCUGCCAAAGCACAACCUGAACCAAAGUCAGCACAGACUGCCACCAAGAGCCAGUGCUUAGCCAAAGGGCUUCCCAAAAGUGGCAAAGCCCCGGCUGCAACCAGGAAGCCACCCUCAUCUGGCAAGGAGGCAGUUAGUGGAGAUAAAAAACCUGCAAAGAAGAAGGAAGACAAUGAUCAUUAUUUUGUUAUGACUGGAAGUAAGAAACCUAGAAAAUAAACAUAAUGUGUCAUUCUAAGAGAAGAGAGGAAAGAAAGUGAGUGUGUUAGCUGCACACCUUAAAAGUUUCUUCUAUUUGUGUUUAUCCAAAUAGGUUCAGACAUUAAGUACAAUAAGAUGGGGGUAGAGGUUGGGGCGAGGAGGGGCUCAUCAGAAUUCACACACCUGAAUUCACCAGAAGGUACCCUUUUAAGGUGAACAGUGGUAAAAUCACCGGGAGAUUCUUAUUAGUUAUAGACAUUUAUAUGAUUUUCAGUCCAUGACAUCUUCGUUAAUGUCUGCCCAUUAAUGGAAAUGUAAAGUCAAAUAACACUACUAGGUUUAUAACUGUAGUUGCUGUAUUUUGAAUAUGUGUUAAAUGUGGAGGUUAUUACCUGCUAAUAGAAACGGAGGUGCUCUUAAUAUAAGUUACUGCAUUUUAGUUUAAAAGCAACGGUUUGGCACUUGUCUUACAAAAGACAUCUUAUUUUGUUUCCUGUUCAGGAUUGCCUGAUGGAACAAUACUAAGUACCAGUAGCUGCUGCUGAUUAGCUUAGUGUUACUCUGGGUUUGGUAGAAUUGCUAUUAUUUAAAAUUUUUUUAAGCUUUCCAAAUCAGAAGGAACUGAUUUUUUUAACUGACUUCUAUUAACCUUGGUAAUAUUUUGUUACCAGUAUUUUUGGUAAAAAAAAAUAAAAUUAAGGUAUUGAAAUAUAAAUUGAAACUUGGAAAAAAUUUUUUUCACAUAUUAUUUAUAAGAACUUAUACCUUAUAUUUUAGAUGGACAUUGUGCAAUGUGAAAGGGGAAAUGAUUUAGUAACUUUUAGCAUAUUAGAAAUAUUUUUUAAUAGUGUAAUUUUCUGUGAGUACAGAUAUCAAUUUUUACAUUAAAAUAAUGUUUAACAUCAGAAUUAUGUUUUAACAAUCUUAAAAUUAAGGUGAUAUUAAAGAAUAUUAAAGUGGUGCUACAUAAAAAUUCUGUCAUGUGAUUACUAUUUUUCUUUAGCACAAUAAUACAAGUUUUAAUUAGAGGUUUCCAAUUAUGUUAAUUUUCUUCAAUAAAGUCAUGCUGCCUUCAGUUUUCCAAUGGCAAAUGGACAGUAUGUAUGCAGCGUUUUCUAUUCUGUAGGCAGAUUCUCCAAGGAACUUACCCAGAUCAUGUAGUGGCUAUAUAGACUGUCGAUCUGGGAUGAUAUUUGUAAAUAAUAUGUUUUUUAAUAGAUUGUGACUAUUUAAAAAAUUGUUAAUGUACUUUCAGAAGUUUUAGGGGUGUGUUUAAUAACUUCACAGUAUUAUCAGCUAUCACAGGUUAUUUUCAGUAUUGAGGUCUGUGUUUCCCUAUUUUAAACUAAAAUGUGUCUUCUAAAGAAAAAUAACGGUUCACACAAAUGUGCAAUCGUAGAAUAAGCAUCUUAAGCUGACUGCUGAUGUUUGUAGAUUUUAAAGCAAGAAACUUUUGUAUAAAAGUGAGCUAUCUUUUGUCUGAGAAAUACAGUUAAAAUCAAAGCUGCGUGCAGGCUAGUUUUUGAAAUAAUUGAUGCUUCUCUUCUUAAAAGAGACAGUCACCAAAUAUUUAGUUGAGUUCCACUGUUGAUCUGGGCAUUGAGGGAGAUAAUAUUUACAUCUUUGGAAAGUGAAGUCAGUGUUCAAGAAGUACCAGAAGGGGCUUCCCUGGUGGCGCAGUGGUUGAGAGUCCUCCUGCCAAUGCAGGGGACACGGGUUCGGGCCCUGGUCUGGGAAGAUCCCACGUGCCGCGG